UCCUUACAGGACUUGGGCGUAAAGUCCCAUCAGCCCCCGCGCUACGCCUUUCCUUCUCUCUCUUUCCCUCGGCGCUUCCCGUGGAGGGGUCGCAAUCUCUUCACCGGCGCCAUGCCCGCCCUCCGGCCCCUCGUGAAGCCCAAGAUCGUCAAGAAGAGGACCAAAAAGUUCAUCCGGCACCAGUCCGACAGAUAUGUCAAGAUCAAGAGAAACUGGCGUAAACCAAGAGGCAUUGACAACAGAGUGCGAAGACGAUUCAAGGGCCAGAUCUUGAUGCCCAAUAUUGGUUAUGGAAGCAAUAAGAAGACAAAACACAUGCUCCCAAGUGGAUUCAGGAAGUUUUUGGUACAUAAUGUCAAAGAGUUGGAAGUGCUUCUGAUGUGCAACAAAUCUUACUGUGCCGAGAUUGCUCACAAUGUUUCAUCUAAGAAUCGAAAAGUCAUUGUUGAGAGAGCAGCUCAGCUAGCCAUCAAGAUCACCAAUCCAAAUGCUAGACUGAGGAGUGAAGAAAAUGAGUAAAAAGCUUUGCACAUUUUUAUUUGUGUUAAAUAAACACUCAAAGUAC